AUGAUUUGUGAGGCAUCUCCUGUGCAGGAAUUGCAAGAUGGAGAGUUGAUCCUCGAUCGGACAAGAAAGCUUGCUGUGCCACGUCGGCAUAUGAAAGAAGCAAUAAUACCAGCACUCAGCAGUCACUUGGGCGAUUUCUACCCCAUAGUCGUUUGCUAUAACGGGAAGACUCUAUCGGCGGGACUCGUGCAGUGCGUAUCUACUGGCCUACCCAAUGUAUCCGGCACCUCUCCUACGCUGUUGAACCGGUCGUCAUCGUGCUACUUCACAAUACCCAUGGGAAUACCCUAUUGGGCGCAUCCGCUUGUCCCAUUGUCGAGCCCAUUGUCGACGCGCCGUCUUAUUGGUCGAAAGAUGGACGACUUGGAAUUAAAGCGUGACAUGAAACACUUUCCCUUCAACAUUGUUGACAAGGGCGGUCAACCCGCUAUUUUGAUAGACAUUUCUUUCGCGGUUGAAGAACUUCUCAUCACUAUAGUCAACGAGACCGCCGCUAAGGUGGUGCCAGAAGUCCUCGGGGUUCCCCGGGACAUUAUCUUCAGCAUUAUCAACAUGGGUCGCAAGCGUUCUAAGCUCUCGACUGUAGGCAAAGUCAAGGAGGCCAUCGUGCAAUCCACUGGCGAUCUUAGAACUCUGCGCUCCAACCUUACGAAAUUGCGAGCUGAUCGCAUAGCGUUUGAGAGGGAGCAGGUCCAGAGUCAGCUAGAAGCCAACAUUACUGCAAGGCAGCUCCUUGCUGAGGCUGCACUCGAGGUGGGCACCGCAAAUGAUGCGAGCACUGAUGCUCAGUAUCCGGACCACCCUGACAUCGACUUUGAUAUGGGUGAAGACGAAGACUAUGUAGACGAGGAGGAUGGGCUACAGGAGGAGGAAGAUGAGAGUGUAUCAGGAGGAAAUAACAUGGGUGGAUACGAAGGCUCAGCGGUUGAUGUUGCACGAGCUCGCAUUGUAUAUUCUUUACAAGGUAGAUAUCGCCACCGCCGGCCACUGCGCAGUCGACUCCAGCGCAACCGUCAUUGUCACAGUGCAUGGAUGUCUCAAAUGCCAGCCCUCGUUGCAGGCUACUUGCGCUGGAAGCACCAUGCAGCCACACCGACACCGACACCCAAUGUUGAAGUUGGAACAUUCAUGUUCCACGUCAGCACAGUUGAUAUUCUAGCGUCCGUGUCUUCAAUAUCAGUCCUGCAAGCUGCUGAUGAAUUGGCGAACGUGUCACUCAUUAAUAUGGGACUUCUUGGGUGUUCCCCCAUUCAGCCUAAAAUAGCUGUUUCGCUUCAAUGCCUCGAGUUAUAUCAUCAAAUCCGUCGACGCAAACCAUCUUUUAGUGUACAGGCGAUGGUCAAAGUACUCUGUGCCCUUCAUAAUCGCUCGUAUUUUCAAGCGCUGCGGGAUCAAUUUGCAAUAGCUUUCGAUGCCUAUCUCAAUAUUUUACGGCGGGUUCGAGAAUUAGCUAACACUGCAUUGAAGCGUGAUACUCCUCACUGGCGCAUGCUUCACUCGUGCCCUGCAUGUAAUUACAAGCAAGAGAAUGAGCCAACAUUGAUCCCUGCGAGGAUGGACAGUAUGGACGGCAAUAACUCGUUGAAAUGGGUCGAUGGCUCUGGACACGCUGAUGAGCGCAUCUUCGAAUCAUCAUAUUUGAUACCUCCCGAUGAAGUUGAUGUGUUUAAGGACGAUACCUUGGUUGAGAUGCGGCGAAGUGGGGAACUUGCUAAAUAUGCUCUCGCAACAACCAAUAAAGUUCUCGAUGUUUACGGUCUGAAUGGAGUAACUGGAUACGAUAUCGGAUGUUCCUAUCAGAAAACUGUUGAUGCCAGUUCUAUCUCCAUCAAGGCGCACUCCAAUCAUCAUCGCUUCAUUGUCAACUCAUUUCACGGACAUGCCCACAACCGCCGUUGUCAGCUUCGGUUCCAUCCUUUAUAUCAACAUGGCCUUGGCCUCGAGGACCUCGAAACGUGCGAGCGCAUAUUCUCUGCAUCAAAUGCCGUAGCUCCCAUUAUCCGCCACGCAUCUUAUUUUCACUGGCUUCAGUUCAUCGACCUUCACUUUCAGCAGUGGGAUUCUGAUAGGUACCUGGAACUAAGUAUGGUAUUAUUUAAGGUUCUUGAAUUAGUGUUUGACGCUCCAAUUCUAGGCAAGUUUUUGUACAACAACUAUAAGCAAGCGCUUGGCAUCAUCGAUGACCUAAGCCCUGCCGUCAAGGAACUAAAGUUAGCGCUAAAUAUUUCGGAUGGAGACUUCGAGCGCUGGAAUAUGGAAGAGUUAGAAUUUCUGGAGACCCUGACAGAGGAAACGGAGGAGGACAUCGAGGCGAUGACUUACGUGGAAGCAUUACGAUCACUUGCCAAAGCCGAAGCUGCAUAUGGCAGUGUCACAACAGUACAAUUUCUGACUUAUACACCCGCAGAUUUCACUGCUACUCAUGGUCUCCAAAAAAAAAAACAAGUGUUGGCGAGUGCUCGAGAAGCCGAACGUCACGCAGCUCACCGCAAGUUAAUUCUUGAAAUGAAUGUGGUUGAUGAUAUCGAGCGUCGUAUGGGAAUUGCCGAAAGAUGGCAGCCCCAGGAUACAAAAUAUCAGGAGGGUCUGGUAUAUCUUACCAACCGGCAAUUCAUUCGUGCCAUUGAGCAGUUGCAGGGUCUCGUUGUUCAGAGGCUCUUUGAGUUGGCCAAAGCAAACAUCGCUGGCACAGGUUACAAACUUCGUCAACAUAUCUCAAACACUAUCAGUCGCCGGUCAGGAGCCAUCCGAAGAGCCCUUGAAAAAUAUAAUCAGCUUGCUAUUGUUCAAACGCCUCCACGAGAUGUCAUAGAAUACAGCGAAGUGGCGUCAUAUGCUUGGCUCGGCGAGUUCGACCUCCUCAAGCAUUCACGUCAUCGCAUACUUGAGAAGCCGUGGACGUCCAAGGGAAAUCGUGAGGUUGCGAACAAUUUCUUCAAAAUUCAACGUGCUCAUGAGGAAGUUCGACGUCUUAAUGUCGAAGUUGCACGACUCUCUGCUUGGGUGGAUUAUGAAGACGCGCACUUAAAAUCAACAUUUGAAUCAUUGGUUGAAUCAGAUCCGACACUCUCACACGAGAUCUCUUGCAUGUACAAGGAGCGCAAACGAGCGAAUGAUGUGCAUCGCAGAAGAAUUCAGGCUAUUUAUGAUCUCUCUGGAUACUGUGGAUCGAGGGGCACGGAGACAAGAGGCAUUGAUGAUCACAGAGGUGGGGAUGCAGAUGAGAUGAUGGAAGAUUUAAGGGGUACUAGGAGUAUUGAAGCUGAUGAGGAUGAUGCACUUUGGGACGAGGCUGACCGUUUAGAAGCCUGUAUGAUUUAG